CUUAUUAUUGCAGUAUAAAUACACAACGGCAAGUACCAUGAACAUUAAGAACGAUUCUUCAUCUUCAAUACAUACAUCUUUCACUUUAUUAGUGCAACCACCCCAAAUUUUGCCAAGAUGUUCAGGUUUUUCAUACUAGCAGCUUUUUCUGUGGCUUUUGUGACAGCUGGCCGACAGCAGAAGACGAUUAGACUUGUAGUUCCUGAACAGCAAGUGCAAGCUUCAGGUCAUUAUGAAGAAGUCAGUAGCUACGGGGGUGACUAUUCAGGUGGACAAGAAGGGCAUGCCGUGGACGUAAAUAAAGAAGCUUCAGGUGCUGAACUAACCAGCUUGGCUUAUUCGUCAGCUGUCCAAGCUAAAAAAGCUGUCCAAUCGCAGCACACCGCAGGAAGCCAGGCUGCUUUUGGUAUUAAGAGCACCUUAGCCAGUGCAGCCAGUGGAGCUGCUCAAACCGCUCAAGCAGCUCUUGUAGGUAAACAAGCCCUAGUCUACGCCCUGAAGAAACAAGUGUCUCAAGCUGAAUCUCAACUAUCUGCUGAAGUAGCUCAGCUGCAAGAGACCCAGCAAGCUGCCGAAUUAGCUCAUCAAGCCGCUCAGCAAGCUCAAUCCGAACAAGCUACUCUCAGCGCUGCUCUAGCUUCAGCUCAAAGCGGUGGUCAGAUCUCCGAAAAAGCAGCUGCUGCAGCUGCCAACGUUGCAGCUUCGCAACAAUCCAUGGUGAACGAAGCCAAACAACGCUUGGGAACGUUGAUCCACAGACUGCAAAGUGCAGUAGCUGAGCUCAGCGAAACUGAAUCUGCGUACUACAAAGCAUCCGAAGCUGCUCAGCUGGCUCAGUCCAAUGCUGCAGCUGCUGGAGCGGCUGUUGUAGCUGCAAGUGCUAAGUCUGCCUCUUCUUCUUCGUCCCAUUCUGGAAGUUCAGGAAGUUACCAACACCACUAAAUUAAGAAGAUUUGAUGAGGAAUAUUGUAUUUUUUAAUGUACUUUUUAUGGUCUCAUUGCAAAA